AUGGGUCAGAGUGGAUCGAGAGAGGGGCAGAUACUUUACGCCGCGGUGAUCGGCAACACGUCAGCCAUCCGAGAGCUGGUUUCACGUGGAACCAGCGUCAACUGCGUGGAUUCCCAGGGUCGCACGCCGUUGAUUCUCGCCAGCGGCCAGGCAGAGGGCUUUGAGGCUGCGAAACUUCUGUUACAGAUGGGCGCUCUUGUUCGCGCCUACUCCAAAGGUCCAGGAGGGGGCAUGGCCAUUCACUAUGCCGCUCGUAAGAAGCUCGAUGCCAUGGUGAAGCUGCUCCUGGACCAUGGAGCGGACCCCCUUUUCCCCAACGAUGAUAGAAAAACCGCUCUCGACCUGGCGAGAGAGAGAAAUGAAACUUCCGUCGUCAGACUCAUAGAGAGCCGGGUGGCAUUGUUCGAAGGCUAUGUGCGCCAGCAGACCCUCUCGGCACCGUCGCUAGUGAAAGAAUUUAGAAUCUGGGUGGCAGUGCUUCCAGGGCCCACCAUGAGUGACGGACGCCAGACAUUCCGCCUCGCUCUCUACCGAUCCAUGGCUUUUGGCGUGCCCUAUUUCAACAUAGCACUACACGUGUGCCGCAUUCACAUGACCAAGCUGGACUCCGCCAACCCUGUACUCGUUAUAGAGGACCCCGUUCAUGGGAAUAAUGGCAAGUUGAAGCUCGUGAGCGACUUGGACUCACCCGACCCCUUGCAGAUAUUCCGCCUGCACGACGCCUGUCAUAUUGCGCCUGCACUACACCUGCCGAGGAACGCCACGGGUGAUUCCUCUCUUCCCUCUCCCCCUUCUAUCCCCUCAUUCUUCCCUCCUAACAAUCCUUCCUCCUCUCACUCUUCCUUUUUUUCUCACUCGUCCCUCAUCUCUCAUGCUACCCUCCCUCUCACUCUUUCCACCCUCUCACUCUUUCCACCCUCUCACUCUUUCCACCCUCUCACUCUUCCACCCUCUCACACUUUCCUCAUUUUCACUCUUUCCUGCCUGUCACUCUUUCCACCCUCUCACUCUUCCCUCCCUCUCACUCCUUUCCACUUCUCACUCUUUCCUCCCUCUCACUCUUACCACCCUCUCACUCUUCCCUCCCUCUCACUCUUCCCUCCCUCUCACUCUUCCCUCCCUCUCACUCUUCCCUCCCUCUCACUCUUCCCUCCCUCUCACUCCUCCCUCCCUCUCACUCCUCCCUCCCUCUCACUCUUCCCUCCCUGUCACUCUUCCCUCCCUCUCAAUCUUACCUCCCUCUCACUCUUUCCUCCCUCUCUCUUUCCUCCCUCCCACUCUUUCCUCCCGUCUCUCCUCACUCUUCUUCUGCAUGCUGCGCGCGUGGUGAACGUGCACGCAUGGCAGGAUGACGUGGACGAGGACACGGCGUUCCAGCUGGCGCUCUCUGAGUCGAUGCGCACCGCCAGCAUUGCCAGCUCUGCCCGAGCCGAUGCCCCUGGUGCUUCUGGUUCCACUUCCACUGCUGCCCAGGGCAUGAGCAGAGGGGAGGAAGGAGCAGACGGCUUUAUUCUCACCUAUUCCUCCUCUGAGCCCCAGCCCAGAUCUGGCCGCUCCCUCUCCUCCUCCUCUUCUGCUGCGGCUGCAGUACCAUUCACUGCGUUGCAUCGUUCUUCCAGGUCCGUUUCAGCCUCUGCUGACCGCCACCCGUUUGUCCCACCUGCUUCCCCCAUCCCCUCUUCCUCCGCUGCUGCCGGCACUUCUUCUGGCGUUGCCGCUGGUCCUGCUGCUGGCACUGCAGCUGGUUCAGCCAGUACAGCCGGAACAGCUGGCUUUGCUGCAGCAGGGGCGGAAGGGGGUCGAAUGCGCGACGAGAUUGCGAAUCAGUUCUCCUCUGUGGCACCGGCGCUCAACCGAGCACCAGCAGCAGCCGUGUCGUCGCUCUUUGCCUCCGGCCCACCGUUAGAUCCAAGGGCUGGGGCUGCCCUGUGUGCCGAGCUCCCAUUCGAGAAGUGGUGA